CGCGCUCGGCUCGGGUGAGCUCACUUUGCCUUUUCCUCAGUCGUCCCGCCAGCAUGGUCAACAAGUUCUUCCUCCGCGGCCUCGGCUUCUUCAACGACGCGUACGACCUCCAGGUCAUCAACAUCGUCAACAUCAUCCUCAAGCACCAGUACCGCACCGAGUACACGGCCGACAUGAAGUCCAACGUCUCGACCGCCGCGCUCAUCGGCGCUGUCCUCGGGCAGCUCACGUUUGGCUUUCUCGGUGACAUCCUCCUCGGCACGGCCGGCACGUGGUUCCUCUUUGACAUUGUGUUUUACGCGCAAAACCUCUUCUCUGCCUCAAUUCUCUCGGUCGUCGGUGCCAAGAGCACGCUCCGCACCACUGCGCUCCAGAACGUCUUGAUCUCGCUCGUGGCGCUGCCGGGGUACUACGUCGCGUGCUACUUCAUCAACAAGAUGGGCCGCAAGCGCAUCAUGCUCCAGGGCUGCACGGUCAUGACGGUCGUCUUCCUCAUCCUCGGCAUCUGGUGGGACGAGAUCCGCAAGUCGAGCGCCGGCUUCAUCGUGCUCUUUGGCUUGACGCUCUUCUUUGCCAACUUUGGCCCCAACAUGUCGACGUUCGUCAUGCCCACCGAGAUGUACCCGACCGCGAUCCGCAGCUCGUGCCACGGCUUCUCGGCCGCCAUGGGCAAGGCCGGCGCGUCGAUUGGGUCGUACGGCUUCUCGCUCUGGGUCGACAACCCGAGCUUUGGCUACGUCGGCACGUGGUUUACGUUUGCGGGCAUCUCGGUGCUCACGAUUUUGCUGACGGUCUUUUGCAUGUUUGACAACAAUGACGAGGCGAGCGUCAUGGACAACGACUUCAAGGCCAAGCUCGCCAUGGAAGACGACGACGUGCGCAAGUCGUUUGUGAGCCAGAUGGAAGAGCCGCUCGACCACUACGUCGAGAACAAGGCGUAGAGUGCAAUAGAUAUAUAAGUAUUUGUCGAAGUGAACAGAGAUGGUGUGUUCCUCUUUGCGUAUUG